AUGGUGAGAAUAAUAUACUCAAGGGAGAGUUACUCUGGUGAAAAAUUUAACUUUAAACAAGAUGAAAAAUUGGAACUAUUGAACGUUUCUUCUUUUCUUCGAAAUAUGCUCUUCAACGGGAACUCAGGCUACAAAGAUUCAGACGACCCCAUCACGCGAGCUGGAAUGCGGUUUGAAAUUUCAAGAUUAGAAAAGUUUGAUGAAAUUGCAGGAGAACUUAAGCUUCUUUCCUCUCUUUUUAUGUUUUGGUAUGACGUCAGAUUGACCUGGGAGCCUAAUAGAUUCUCCGUUUUUCAGGAAAAGGCCGGAUAUCCUUUAAAAAUCGAUUACUUACAAAUGAAAAUGAAAGAUAUCUGGAAACCAGACAUAAAAUUAUUAAAUCCCCUAAAGGAAAUGGAUAUAUUCAAAGAAAAAGAAAAUGAAAAGGUAACCCUUGGCUUCCCUGGUUUGUUGUUCUACGAUGGCUUACUGAAAACAGACACUUACUGUAAACCAAACCUCAAGGAUUUUCCUUUUGACGAACACGAAUGUUCUGUUCAAUUUGUUGCAACUUCUACAGUGAUUGCAAACCUAAACAAUAAACCACAAGUCUUUAAUGACAAUGCAAAAUGGAUAUAUUUCCAAAUGACAUCUUGUGAUCUUGAUCUUUCUCCUAGCCGUUAUGGAGCAGAACUUAACAAUGAGCGUCGCGUUCUCGUUUUUCCAAUUAGACUUAUUCGGAGACCCUCCUAUCUUUUUGUGAAUAUUGCCGUCCCACUUUUUGUUCUCAGUCUUUUAAAUAUAGUUGUUUACUUUAUCCCAGCAGUCCCAGACGAGAGAUUGUCUUUUUGUAUUGCACUUCUACUAUCCUUUACAGUGUAUCUUAUUUAUGUAGCUGGACUUAUUCCGGAAACCUCAAACCCAGUUCCUCUUGUUAUCUACUUUCUGGUGUUUCAGUUCCUGUUUAUUGCGUUUAUAACAUGUUCCAGUUUUCUGACUGCGUUGCUCAACCAGCGACAAGAAGAAAAACCAAUACCAAAUGCAUUCCUACGAAUCGUCAAUGUGAUACAUAAAACACGUGCUCGAAAAGUUGAAAGGCAGCUGGGAGACACGAAUCCACCGAACGAAAAUAUGAUGAUAAAGACUGGAGACCAACAGAUCGUUAACGACGAAGAACUCAAAAGCACUGGUGUUAAUCCAUCAAAGAUAACCUGGAAAUGUAUUGCCUUGCUUUUGGACAAAAUAUGUUUGACUGUAACUGUGAUCAUUCUUGUGAUAGAAGUCGUGCUGUUCUCAUUUCUGGCUUCGAAAUUAUCUGCAGAGGUACAUCCUGAUUUUGAAUCUGAAAUAUGCCAAGGAAGUCCAAUGAAUUUGACAAAAAUCUGUUUUGAUGACGUAUCUGAUUUUUGUGUUGACGCUACUGAUAUAGCAUGA